AUGCUUCGUUGCGUCCACCAAUUGUCCCCCCUGCUCUCCCCCCAGUUGUGCAAGGAGUGCUUUUUCCGUCUGUUCGAGUCCGAAAUCCAUGCCACCAUCGUGGAAAACAGGCUCUUCAAGCGAGGGGAGAAGGUGGCAGUGGCUGCGUCAGGGGGGAAGGACUCCACCGUACUUGCGCACAUCAUAUCCCUCCUCAACACUCGCCAUGACUAUGGCCUGCAGCUGUUUCUGCUCUCCAUUGACGAAGGGAUCACGGGGUACAGGGACGACUCUCUAGAGACAGUCAAGCGGAACGAGAAGCAGCUCUUGCUGCUGUCCAUUGACGAGGGCAUCACGGGGUUCAGGGACGACUCGCUGGAGACAGUCAAGCGGAACGAGAAACAGGUGUGUGCGUUUAGGGGCAGAGGUGUACUUGUAAGUGAAAAGGAUUCGAAGGAAGCUUAUGUGCUGCUCUCCUGUCGGCACCUCUCCAGUGACGAGGGCAUCACGGGGUACAGGGAUGAGUCACUAGAGACAGUCAAGCGGAACGAGAAGCAGUACGGCAUCCCUCUCACCAUCCUCUCUUACAAGGACCUGUACGGGUGGACCGUGGAUGGGAUAGUGCCGGCUAUUGCACCCAAUCCCCACCGUCCCUUCCGUUUUCCCGCCCACCACACCAUGCAGUACCGCAUUCCCCUCACCAUCCUCUCAUACAAGGACCUGCACGCACCAGCGCUGAGGCCUGCCUGGAAUGGGACUGGUCGCUCGCCUUUGGUCGCCUACAAGGACCUGUACGGGUGGACCAUGGACGAGAUUGUGGCAACGAUCGGCCGCAAGGACAACUGCACGUUCUGCGGGGUGUUCAGACGACAGGCCCUGGACAGGGGAGCAGCGCUUCUGGGAGCAGACAAGCUGGGCACAAUGCGGAUGAUAUCACAGAGACAGCCCUGGACAGGGGAGCGGACAGUACUUUUAGGAGCGGACAAGCUAGUCACGGGGCGCAACGCAGAUGAAUUUGCCGAGACAGCUCUAGACAGGGGGGCGGCGCUGCUAGGAGCUGACAAAUUGGUGAAAGACCACAACGCAGAUGACUUUGCAGAGACAGUCUUGCUCAACCUGCUGAGGGGCGACGUGGCGAGACUGAGUCUGUUUCCGCUUCCUCCCUUGCUACAGGCCUUGGAUAGAGGAGCAGCCCUCCUGGGAGCGGACAAGCUAGUCACGGGGCACAAUGCGGACGACUUUGCAGAGACAGUAUUGCUCAACCUCCUGAGGGGGGACGUGGCGAGGCUCAGUCGCUGCUGUUUCCUCUCGCUCCCUUGCUUCUCCUCCCAUCGCAAUGCAAUGCACCUCAUGGCCUUAGAUAGAGGAGCAGCCCUCUUAGGAGCGGACAAAUUAGUCACGGGGCACAACGCAGAUGAUUUCGCCGAGACAGUGCUGCUGAAUUUGUUGAGAGGCGACGUGGCGAGGCUCAGUCGCUGCGCUGCCAUCACCACGGGGGAGGACUCUGCCCUGCCCAGGAGCAUCGCUGCAAGGCUUAUCCUGUUUGCUUUCCCUCCCUCCACCUCUCCUCCUGUUGCAAUGCAUCUCAUGGUACAUAUACAGGCCCUGGACAGGGGAGCAGCGCUCCUGGGAGCGGACAAGCUGGUCACGGGGCACAACGCGGAUGAUUUCGCUGAAACUGUAUUACUCAACCUGCUGAGGGGCGACGUGGCGAGGCUCAGUCGCUGCAUAUACUCUCCAGAUGCCUAUCGAGGUUUUGCCCGUGAAUUCCUCAAAGACCGAGAGGCAUCAUAUGAACUCCCCUCUUCCCCUCUCUUUUCCACUCCUCUCUUUCUUCUGCCCUCUCCGCCCGUGUCUCUGCCUGUGCGUGCAGGCAUCUACUCUCCAGACGCCUAUCGAGGUUUUGCCCGUGAAUUCAUCAAGGACUUGGAGGCCAUACGUCCCCGAGCCAUUUUGGACAUAAUCAAAUCUGCGGAGGAUUUCAGAUUCCAGGCUGAUGCGAAGAUGCCAACUCAGCGCACCUGCGACCGAUGCAAUUACAUCUCCAGCCAGGAGCUGUGCAAGGCGUGUGUGCUCCUGGAGGGGUUGAAUCGCGGGCUGCCCCGCCUGGGUGUGGCUCGCACGCGCAGGAAAGAUGGGCAAUACACUGCUGCUGCUGGUGCUGCUGCUGGGAGUGGUGCUGCUGCUGCUGCUGCUGCUGCUGCUGCUGCUGCUGCUGCUGCUGCUGCUGCUGCUGCUGCUGCUGCUGCUGGGAGUGGUGCUGCUGCUGGUGCUGCUGCUGGGAGUGGUGCUGCUGCUGGUGCUGCUGCUGGGAGUGGUGCUGCUGCUGGUGCUGCUGCUGGGAGUGGUACUGCUGCUGGUGCUGCUGGUGCUGCUGCUGGGAGUGGUGGUGGUGCUGCUGCUGCUGCUGGGGAUGGUGGUGCUACUGCUGGUGAUGCUGCUGCUGCUAGUACAACUGGUGCUGCUGAUGCUGCGGGUGGUGGUGCCACUGAUGCAGCUGCUGCUGGUACUGCCGCCACCGCUGAGGCUGGUGUAUCUGUUGCUCCUGCUGCCUCUCCUGUGGCUGAUUCUGAUGCUCCUCCCGUGGCUGAUACUGAGGCUAGUACUGCUCCUGGUGCCACUCAAGCAGGAGAUUCAAUUUCAGCAGCUUUCGAUUCUCUUGCGGUAACUUCCGCGUAG